AUUACGAAUACCCAGCUUGUGGGCGGCUGCUCUAACUCCAGCGAGGUGCAACAGCUCCGGGGGUCGCUGCCUGCCUCCCUCCCCCUCUGAGCUCCCUUCUCGCGGUCUCCCUCACACAGCCCGUGUGGCAUGGUGAUUCUGGCGCCGGGACACGGAGCGAAUCCCUGAAAAACCUCAAGGCUGGCAGAGCGAGACCCUCGUUCUCUCCGCCCCACAGCCGUGCCCUCUCCUCCUCACGCACAGUCUGUCCGCCGCUCGUCCGUAAGGGGAUUUCCCUCGUUUCGCUUUGAUAGGGAGGAGUGUGCAGCGAGACACCAUGGAAGUGUACUUGUUUGUUCUGUUCUGCGGGCUAAUUCAAGUAGCUGUUGCUGGGAACUCGACUGACAUGGAGAAAGAUCAGUUUUAUUACGAUUACGAGACUCUGCGGAUUGGAGGCCUGGUGUUUGCUGUCAUACUCUUUACUCUUGGCAUCCUGCUGAUCUUGAGUCGAAAAUGUCGUUGCAGCUUCAACCAGAAGCCCAGAUCACCUAAUGAUGAAGAGGCCCAAGUGGAAACUCUGAUCACCAACAAAGAAGCAGCAGCCAAGACAGAGAACUGAUGAGGACCCACCCUGGGAUAAGCCAAUCAGAGACCCAAAGGCUAUGAAAUGAUUGCUUCUUGGACAGGUCUUUGAAGACCCACGACUUUGCUCCUAACAACACGGAGACUGGAAGCUUUGCUCAGUUCACUACACGGUUCUUGAAUUAAAAUAUAUGAACACCGAUAUCAGUAACUGAUGUAUGAAUCUUGUGCUGUACCGUAGAUCAUCGCAUUUUACUGUGUGCUGGUCAUCCUCAAGAUGUGCAGUUGUGUCGGGUAAUUAAUAGCAAUUGUGUUUCGGUUGAUAUUUUCCAGUCCUGUCAGAUUGUACUUCCGUAACUGUGAGUGGGUGCAUUUGUGUAUGUGUGCGUGUUUGUAUAUAAACAUGAGUGCAUUUGGGUAAAUAUGAGCAGGGUGGGGCUCAGUAUUACUCCAUCCCUUCCACAAUAUGGUGGUGUUGCAGUGAUGUCUCUGUGUUAAAUAGAGUGUAUUUAAUCUCAGUGUGAAUUGGUCACUGUGUCUGUGUGUGCUGUUAUUCAGUGACCUUCACUCGCAGUUGAGCUGGUUUGAGAAAGGACAAUUGUAAAAUAGAAUUGAAAAGGUUGCCAAUGAUACCUUGAAAAAUAAAAAGGAGUUACCAAAACUGACAAAUAAUCAGUUGCUUGUUC